CAUUAAACCAAAGAAGAAGAAGCCACUUCCGGCCAUGCCUUACGUGUUGUUUUGAUUGCAAAAGAACCGACAAGUGAGGUGUUCCAUUUUCCAAAAUGAGGAUAUUAGGCUUCUUGAGAAGGUCAGCUCUCACCCGGACAAGCUGGAUCCGACAAAGCAGUCCAGUGGGCGGCGUGGAAGUUGUUCAAUGUAUGCACUCAUGCCGCCGCAACGCCAACUUUGUAGGUUUUGGAGUAAAGUCAGAGCGGAUGUGCGACUUGAAGAAAGUCAACUUUGUAGGUUUUGGAAUAAAGUCAGAGAAAGUCUGGUCGUAUAGAAGUUGCUGCACGCAGGCAGUGCGAGUGAAGUGUUGGAGGUGUAAACAUCCUCUUCAAGACUCACCUGUGUUCUUCUGCUCUGCCUGUAAAGUAGUGCAGCCUCCUGGUGACGGCGCGUCCUUCUUCAACAUCUUGUCCUGUGACGUCUCAUUCGCAGUGGACACUAAAGCACUGCAGAGAAGAUACUUGCAGCUGCAACGCUCACUACAUCCUGACAACUUCAGCCAGAAAUCUGUGGAAGAACAAGAGUAUUCCCAACACCAGUCAGCCCUGGUCAACAAAGCCUACAAGACACUUCUAAAGCCUUUGAGUCGUGGCCUCUACAUGCUGGAGCUGGAGGGGAUGCGCAUCGACGAUGGCACGGAAUCCGGGGCGGAUGCUGACUUGCUGAUGGAGCUGAUGGAGAUCAAUGAAGCGCUGGCAGAGGCACGGACAGCAGAAGAAGCCGAUAAGAUCAGCCGAGACACAAAAGGGAAACUCUCCGUUUUGACGGAAAAGAUAGACGCCGCCCUCCGUGCAGGAGAGCUCCACGCUGCCAAAGCACUGCUCGCCCAAAUGAAAUACUUCUCAAACAUUGAGGACAAAGUUAAGGAAAAACUUUCUGACUUGAUGUAAUUGCUUUCUGUUGUGUGUCACUUUGUAUUUUUAUCCACUAAAGGGGUCAUAUUAUGAUUUUUUUCGACAUUUAAAAGACUUCCUUGUGGUCUACAUAACAUGGUUCUUUGAUCAAAAUGUUGCAUACAUUAUGUUUUACAGACCAUUUUCAAGACUCAAUUUACCGAAAAUACCGUACAACAAGCCGCUACCUUUUUCUCACGCUUUGAAUACUGCGGCUUACAAAACACUGCAGCUAAUUAAUUUAUUUUUUUCCGCGAAUGACCACAAUUUUUUGUGUUCAAUAGUUUUUACUAAACCCACAGAGAGUACUGAAAUGGUGUGUUAUUGUUUGUGGUACAAUGCCAUCUUUUGGACAAGUUUGAUCACUGCUCAAAAUGCACUUCCUGUUUUAAUGCCUUAAGCCGGAAGUAAAAUCGUCCAUAGCGUUCUGCUUGAGAGGAUUCUUCAUUUAUCACUCCAAGCAACAUUUGUACGAUUGACGACAUAAGUACCGUAUUUUCCAGACUACAGAGCGCACCGGGAUAUAAGCCGCAUCAACAAAAUUUUAGAAAGAUGAAAUAUGUUUCCGUAGAUUAGCUGCACCUAACUAUAAGCCGCAAGUAUAUACGUUGUGAAAUGAUUUAUUUACACAGUACAAUUCUGUAACUGUUUUCAAAUGGUGUCUGUAACACGGCGUUAAAAUGGAUGAUCAAACAAAACAGAAGUCAUCGUCGUGGACCCACUAGCUGCGGAAGCUAGCUCUCCAAUCAGUCAAAAAGACUCAAUAACUCAAUGAUGGACGUUUUGGUGAUUUUACUGAGGAAUUUAUGAAACUGAAACAACACAAAAAGAAUGCAGUUGUAAGUUAACAGUACUAACACAGACACUCGUAAGCUUGUUAGCAUAUUAACUAAUGUUAACAACGCUAGCACCACUACUUUACAAUAGCACCUACAAAUAUGAAUGGAAAGAGUCCUACAGACAUCACCCAUGAGACAGUUUAGUAAGUAUAACAGUUUAAGUUAUAUUGUAAAACUUAUAAACGUUGCUUGGAGUGAUAAAUUAAGAAUCUUUACGAGUAAGAACGUUACAGAUGGCGAGAAGACUAAACGACACUUUGAUUGAAAGAAAUAAAAGCCCUGCACGGUAAAUACAACACUGCAGCACCAUAUUUUCAUUAUAGCUGCCAGCAAAGAAAAAUCCAUAAAUUAUUUGCUAAGUCUUAUAAACCGCAGGGUUCAAAGUGUAGGAAAACAUAGCGGCUUAUAAACAAUUCUUACCUACUAAAUCGUGGCAUGUGUGAUGUCUGUAGGAGUGUUUUCAUGCAUAGUUAUCUAUCGUAAUGUAAUGUAGCUAGCGUCGUUAGCAUGAGCUAAUAUGCCAACACGUCCACAAGUGUCUGUGUUAGUAUUAUUAACUUACAAUUUAUUGUUUUUGUGUUGUUUUAGUUUCAAAAAUUCCUCAGUAAAUUCACCUAAACGUCAGCGUGGAGGUAUUUAAUUCCGUUUAGCUGAUUGGAGAGCUAGCUUGCCCAGCUCGCGGUCAGGCCGGUCGAAGCGACGUCAAAUCAGAAAACUCACAAAAUUGUAUCAAACAUCCCAGUCCUCUACAUGUCACAACUACUAGUAACGUUAAUAUGAGCAGACUAUCGUUAAAAACGGCUGUGUUAGGUCGUAGUAUCAUGCGACGUGUCUGUCAAUCACCUUAAAUAAAGCUGCUGAAAUUACGUAUAUGAAAGCUGUCCGUUCGAGUGGAAACAUGUUUGUGUGCGAGAGAGAGAUUAAAGUCCAGUUUUUUAACAGGGACACACGAAGGAGAUAAAGAAUAGCAACACAAGAUUUGUAUCCCUGAAAUAUUUUGUAUAUGCUGCAGUCAUAUUUUAUAUAUAUAUAUGUAUGUAUGUAUAUAUGUAUGUAUGUAUGUAUGUGUGUAGGCUGCCUAAUAAUGUGGAUUGUUAUGAUUAUGCCUCCAUAAAUAUGUUAAUGUCACCUAUGAUAUUUAUAAUAAUGGUCUAUACAUCUAGUUUUUUUUUCAUUUUUUCAGUUUUGUAAAAAAAAAAUGUAAUAUCGCUGUCUGUCAAUGUCAACAAUUUGGACUAUUUCCUCAUUUAUUUAUUAAGAGAUAGAAAUGAGUUCAGGGAUACACAGCUACAAGGAGCUAUUUGCUUAUUCACAUUAAUAUUCUUUUUUUAUAAGAGAUGCAAAUGUGCCAAGGAACUUUUGUUUGUUUUUAUUUACUUUUCUUUUCAAAUAAACAUGCUUUGUGUAUUUAAACAAAAGCUCAGUGUUACUUUAACUGUCACUAUUCCUGGAAAUGAAUAUCAGCUCCAAAUAUUGGCCUCCUUUAAAAUGGUAAAUGGUUGUACUUGUAUGGCGCUUUUCUAACCCUUUUUAAGGAGCCCAAAGCGCUUUGACAGUAUUUCCACGUUAACCCAUUCACACACACAUUCACUCACUGAUGGCGGGAGCUGCCAUGCAAGGCGCUAACCAGGACCCAUCAGGAGCAUGGGUGUAGUGUCUUGCCCAAGGACACAAUGGACUUGACUAGGAUGGUAGAAGGUGGGGAUUGAACCAGUAACUCUCAGAUUGCUGGCACAACCAACUUCGCGACGCCGACCCCAACCCUUUAACAGGGUAUUCGCUGGGUCUUAAAGUCUAAAAAAAAAGUCUUAAUUCCAAUAACUUGAAUUUAAGGCCUUAAAAUGCCUAAAAUUCUCCUAAAAUCUCAUUUAAGGUCUGAAAUAUGAUUUUGAAAGGUCUUGAAAAUCUAUUGACGUUACCUUUAUUUAAAACAUGCAUAAACUUCGGGCUCGCUUUGAAAUGUUUCGAUCUUCGAGGACGCUAAAACGCAACGACAAAACGGAACUAAAGUAGGCUACCUGUGCUGACCCUGUAAGAAUUUAUGGAACACCAGCAGUUAGUGAGCUGUGUUGUUACAGCUAAGCAUAGCAGUGGAGAACACUCAAUAAAAGCCCACAGCAAAGCCAAAUGACUUGCAUAAGAUUGCAAAGUAAAAGUUCAACAAUUUGUGUCUCCUGAACCAUCAAUUGAAUGCAUGGUUGAAGACGGUGGGUGGAAACGUAUCAAAUCAAAUCAACUUUAUUUAUAAAACACAUUUAAAAUGUACCACAGGGGUAGCCAAAGUGCUGUACAAUGGACAGGUUAAAAGAUAAUACGAAGACCGAGCAAACUACACAACACAAACAGAACAUGAUAAAAAAUAAAUAAAUAAAGGUUCACAGCAGGUGUAUAAUGGGGUGCCAUUGCAGGAUGGAUAUCACUUAGUGUUAAAAGCCAAGGAAUAAAAGUAUGUUUUUAAGAGAGAUUUAAAAACAGGAAGAGAGGAGGCUUGUCUAACACUCAGAGGUAGGUCGUUCCAGAGCUUGGGAGCAGCAGCAGCGAAAGCUCUGUCACCUCUAAGCUUCAGCCUUGUGUCAGGGACCAUCAGUAGCAGCUGAUCGGCUGAUCUUAGGGACCGAGUGGGGCAGUAAGGCUGAAGGAGGUUGAAGUACCCGGAAGUGCAGCCGUGGAGGAUGUAAGCUUUGUAAACAUGGCGUUGAAAGUGAAUGGAAUGAUCUUGUAAAAGUCAAAAAUCCUGGAUAAGUCCGUGUCAAAAGAUGCUGAAAGGCCACAAACACUUGCACAACUUUACAAAGAUAAAGGUAACCACCCCCCAAAGGAGUUACGUACAGUUAUUUCUCUGUGCUAGUAGUGUAAAACUGUAAAACAUCAUUCUCUUAUAUUAUUUCUAUUAUUUGUUACAAUCAUUUCAUGUCAGCUUCUCAUGCCUAAUCUUUUCUUCAACUUUAUACAAGCGACAUUAAAAGUGUUUGCACUCAUCUUAUUGUGGGCUGAGGAAAGCAUCUUGUCAUGCCUAAAUAACAACUAAUCCUUUUCAAUUAGCAAUAUGUUUUCAAAAAAGUCACAAAAAGCUGGUACAAAAUGUAUCCAUACACAGCAGACACAAAACAUUUCAAUUUCCUCCACAUGAUUCACAUCCAAAUUGUGUUUGAGGCUUGCAAGCCAUAAUGGCCUUCCUUCUUUUUAGACAAUCACUCUGUUUUUCGCUACUUUGUGCAGAUACAGUAGUACUGUAGAUGUUUUUAUCGGUUUGCUACAUUCUGAUCGCCCAAACAAAAACAUGACCAAAAUGAACUAUUUAGCUUUAGCAGCGAUGCUAACUGUCCCUUUCACAGACAAUACUUUCCUCUACCAUCACUGAUGUUCAUUUUGAUGUUGCAUGAAAACACUUAAUAUAAAGAUUCAAAAUUAUUUUUUUUUGUCCUAUCCAGCUUCUCAGGCAAAUCAUAACGUUGAUGUAGAUGCCCAUAAAGCAAAGUGUAGGAUACUUCUCUUGUUGUUCUCUUGUGUUUGACUUUAUCAAAUUUUAUUUGGUGCAGCCAAGCCGGAGCAGGAGGAGAUAGAAAGAGGAAAAGAAAAGGAAGACAGAGGGUGAAAUUGUGGGGACAAGAGGGGAAUAAGACAGAGAGACAAAAACAACAACAGCAAACACAACAAUAACUACAACAACAGUAGUGCAAAAUCAGCAAAUAGGAUAUGUACAAAUAUGAUGGUAAAGUUAUAGCAAAGAAGCAGUUAGCGAAAUAAACAAAAAUACAGAAGUGACAAUGAGCAUUAUUAUACUACAAAUGGAGCAAUACAAAUACCAAUAGAAAUAGCACUAUUGAUAAUGAACGAUACCAAUAAUUUACCUCUAUUAUUAACAAUACAGUUGUUCAAAUGCAAUAAUACAUAUACAUAAUGAUAACUAGACAUACGGGGUACGGUGUGGCGAAGUUGGGAGAGUGGCCGUGCCAGCAACCUGAAGGGCCCUGGUACAAUCCCCACCUUCUACCAACCUUGUCACCUCCGUUGUGUCCUUGAGCAAGACACUUCACCCUUGCUCCUGAUGGGUCGUGGUUAGGGCCUUGCAUGGCAGCUCCCGCCAUCAGUGUGUGAAUGUGUGUGUGAAUGUGGAAAUACUGUCAAAGCGCUUUGAGUACCUUGAAGGUAGAAAAGCGCUAUACAAGUACAACCCAUUUACCAUUUAUAAAGAUACAAAAGAAUGCCGAAACAUGGAAGGGACGAAAGAGAAGGAACCUAUGUUAACCUUGUACAUUCUUAUAAAAACAAUAGGUUAAGUUUUGUCAAUGUGCCAUGUGUUACCCAGUUUCCCCUCGGGCAACAAGCGCUGUUCAGCAUAAGGUGCUUUAAACAUGGCUAGUUGGCUAGCAGCUAACAUCCAUCCGCAGUCGCCAGUGUUUUAGCUACUUCUAAAUCACUAAUCCUAGCCUCCAUGGCGACACAAAGUACAUUUCUUACAAGUACCAUUAUCACAGCAGGACGAGGAAUAGCUAAACAUGCUUCAACACACACCUGAGGAGGAUACAAUAGCUCACUGCUAACAGCAUGCUUGCGCUCCUGAAUGUAAACCAAUGCCAUGGCUGAUCUACAGACUUCAAGGACAAGAGCCGUAUAAAAUCAAUGCUACAAUGAUUUUGAAGCUAGCGGUGCGUCUGACGAGUUUAUUUCCAUAAUCGUCGUACCUUGUGCCAAUCAGACCUAUGUCAGCCGGUCUUAUGUGAUCAGAAACACUUUGAAUGUGUCCAACCUCUCACAGCCUCGCUGUAUCGCCUCGGGUCGCUUGACAACCACUGAGCUAGCAUUUUAGCUAUGAAGUUAGCCUACAGCCCUUUCACUGCGAGGAUUUUAUUAGCGAGGGUGGAUUUGUUUUUUAGCAAGUCUUUAAUUGUGACAAGACCGAAACAUAUGCCAGAGCGGACCUUUACUGCAAAGGAGCAGGCACACGCCGAUGAAGGAUCACCUGACAAUGCCAGUUUGGGCUAAUGCUAGUGGCGACGACGUAAAGCCACUGCCUGUAUAUAACUUGAAAAAGCCCGGCAUGUUCAACAAUGCCACAAAUAUUGUUUUUUGUUUUUGAUGUUGUGUUGUUUGGAUAAAAAAGAUUGUUGAGCUAUUACUCCCAGUUUUAACCAUAUUAUGGAUUAUGUUUACUCUGAUUUUUAUAACCAAAUUAAUGAUUAUGAUGCAUGUUUACACUGCUUCUUAUGACCAAAUGAGGGAUUAUAAUGUACAUUUACACUGAUUUUUAUGACCAAUUUAGGGAUUAUGAUGUACAUUUACACUGAUUUUUAUGACCAAUUUAGGGAUUAUGUUGUACGUUUACACUGAUUCUUAUAUCCAAAUGAGAAAUUAUGAUGUAUGUUUAAACUGAUUCUUAUGACCAAAUGAGGGAUUAUGAUGUAUGUUUACACUGAUUCUUAUGACCAAAUGAGAAAUUAUGAUGUAUGUGUACACUGAUUCUUAUGACCAAAUGAGGGAUUAUGAUGUACGUUUACACUGAUUUUUAUGACCAAAUGAGGGAUUAUGAUGUAUGUUUACACUGAUUCUUAUGACCAAAUUAAGGAUUAUGAUUUAUGUUUACACUGAUUCUUAUGACCAAAUGAGGGAUUAUGAUGUAUGUUUACACUGAUUCUUAUGACCAAAUUAAGGAUUAUGAUGUAUGUUUACACUGAUUCUUAUGACCAAAUGAGGGAUUAUGAUGUAUGUUUACACUGAUUUUUAUGACCAAAUUAAGAAUUAUAAUGUACGUUAACACUGAUUUUUAUGACCAAAUGAGGGAUUAUGAUGUAUGUUUACACUGAUUCUUAUAUCCAAAUGAGAGAUUAUGAUGUACGUUUACACUGAUUCUUAUAUCCAAAUGAGGGAUUAUAAUAUAUGUUUACACUGAUUCUUAUGACCAAAUGAGAGAUUAUAAUGUACGUUUACACCGAUUCUUAUGACCAAAAAGGGAUUAUAAUGUACGUUUACACUGAUACUUAUGACCAAAUGAGGAAUUAUGAUGUAUGUUUACACUGAUUCUUAUGGCCAAAUUAAGGAUUAUGAUGUAUGUUUACACUGAUUCUUAUGACCAAAUUAAGGAUUGUGAUGUAUGUUUACACUGAUUCUUAUGACCAAAUAAGGGAUUAAGAUGUAUGUUUACAUAGGGCUGGGUGAUAUAUCGAUAUACUCGAUACAUCGCGGGGUUUGUCUCUGUGCGAUAUAGAAGAUGACUAUAUCGUGAUAUUCGAGUAUACAUUCUCACGCAGUUGCUUUUAGCUGCUGGCAUUACACUGCACGCGUUCCCCACUCUUUCUUGUCUCUCCUUCUCACAGAGACGUAAACGUAGCGCACCUUCUUACACACGUCACGUGUGCAAGGUCACACGCUCCCGCUGAGCAAAGAGGUAGCGGAAUGGUAACGUUAGCUGUGAUGCUAACGGUGAGGUGCGGGUGGUAAUACAAGAGAAAGAAGGUGCGAAUCUGGUAACAAAUGAAGGAAGAAUUAAUUACCAAGAAAAUAAGCACGGGAUCCAUCGUCCGGCGGUGGUUUGGCUUCAAGCGGAAAUAUGUUCAACAUUUAUGCGGCAAAAGCGUUGCUACAAAAAGUAGCAGCACUGCUAAUUUUGCAUCAUUUGAAAAGUCACCCGCUAGAGAAUGAAGAGUGCUUGAAACUCUGCAUGUCAACAUCUCCGGCCGGUGCAUCACCAACAAAAUGCCGAAGGAACUAUUUCCACAUCAACACCGUAUGAAAAAAAAAAGGCAACAACAGAAGGAGAUAACGUCCUCAGGAACCUAUUGUGCAGCUCAUUUUUAUUUGACAGUUAUUGAAAUAUCUUGUGUGACAUCAUGCACAAAAGGGCACUUUGUUUUUAACUAUUGUAGUGGCGUUCUGUACAAAAGGUACACUUAAGUGUUGUUUUGAUAUGUCAUCUUGGUGACAUUCACAAAAGUGCACUAAUAGCUUGUUUUAAAAUGUCUGACAGUCUUGCACUCUCUGUUUUAGAAAUGACAUGAAUGUUUGUGCCACUGCUUAAUAACUGUUUAAUAAAUACAGUUUUGGUAAAUUGA